AGUACCGUUAUUUUGCUUUUCCCGCCAUAUUCCAACCAGUCGUGAAGCGUCACUAAGUGCUCAUGGAGCCUACGCUCAAGCGGCUCGCUGGUCCACUGGACGAAGGCUCAUCGCUGUCUAAAAGACAAGAGACUUGUGCAAACGAAGCAUCUACUACUUCCGCUGUAAAUUCAUUGGCUACAGCUCCCAGCGUCAUGGACAUCCGCGCCUUUGGCCUCGAAGACCGCGCCGCAGCCGUCAUAUCCCAUGGCAAAGAGAGCUGGACGCUCGGCCACCUGUCCAAAUGGCGUCACGACACGCUGGAUAAGGCUGCCAAUGCGUCAGACCAUAGUAAACUCAGUAGCAAGGAGUAUCUGCGGCAGCGACAACGCGCAUACCGUCACCAAUGUCUCUCCAAUAGAGAUCUCAAGCACCCAGACUAAUAGUAAGCUGCAAAUACAGUGGCUAUUUC